UCCAGUGUCUUCCACCAACUGAAUUUGCUGCCACCUGCAUGUGCGGCUGUGGGGAGCCCCACUGGGGUUGGGGUCCCCAUGCCCCCAGCUCCCUGCUUCUCUUGAGUCUCCUGUGCACAGCUCCGCUUGGCCUUCUGGGAGGGGAGACCCGCCAGGUGUCCCUGGAGGUCAUCCCCGGCUGGCCAGGCCUCCCCCAGAGCCUGCUUCACAUCCGGGCAGUGGGCCCCAACUCCACCCUGCACUAUGUGUGGAGCAGCCUCGGGCCUCCAGCCGUGGUGCUGGUGGCCACCGACACCCCCCACAGUGUCCUUAAAGUCAACUGGAGUCGCCUGCUGUCCCCUGAUCCUKAUGAGGGCCUGAAGGUUCUCCCGGAGGACAGCGUCCAGUUUUCUUCUGCCCUUAUCUUCACCAGGCUGCUGGAGUUCGACGGCACCAACAUGUUGGAUGUGGCGGCAGAGCCCCUGGGAAAACCGUACCCUCCGUACUCCUUGGCCGAGUUCUCCUGGAACAACAUCACGGACUCCCUGGAUCCUGCCAGCCUGAGUGCCACAUUCCAAGGCCACCCUGUGAACGACCCUAGCGGGGCUUUUGCCAAUGGCAGCCUGGCCUUCAAGGUCCAGGCCUUUUCCAGCUCUGGCCGACCUGCCCAACCCCCUCGCCUCCUGCACACCGCGGACACCUGCCAGCUAGAAGUGGCCCUGGUUGGGGCUUCUCCCCGAGGAAACCACUCCGUGUUUGGGCUGGAAGUAGUCACUGUGGGGCACAGGCCCGACUGUCCCUCAAUGCGGGAGCAGCACUCCAUCGACGAUGAGUACGCACCUGCUGUCUUCCAGGUGGACCAGCUGCUGUGGGGCUCCCUCCCGUCUGGCUUCAUGCAGUGGCGACCAGUGGCUUUCUCCCAGAAGCAGAGGAGCCGAGAGUCAGCCCUGCCCUGCCAGGCUUCUCCUCUUCGCGCCAGCUUGGUGUACUCCCUUCCCCAGUCACCCAUUGUCCAAGCCUUCUUCGGGUUGCAGAGCAACUUCUGUUCCUUCAACCUGACAUUUGGGGCUCCCACGGGCCCUGGCUACUGGGACCAACACUACCUGAGCUGGUCAAUGCUUUUGGGUAUGGGCUCCCCUCCUGUGGAUGCUCUGUCCCCACUAAUCCUAGGAAUCGUGGCAGUGGCCCUGGGUGCUCCAGGGCUCUUGUUGCUGGGGGGAGGUCUCAUCCUGCUGUUGCGCCACAAACAGCACUCAGAGUACCAGUCCAUAAACUGAGACCCACUGUCCGGAGGGAAGGACCCUCCUGGACCUGCCUUGCCGUGCCUCCUCGGACUGCUGGCGGUUGGAGGGCCAAUGUUCCAGCUGGCCCGUCCCCUCCCGUGGCACUUUUCUGCAGAACUUCAGAAACGAACCUCCACUUCCUGGGGUUGGGGUCAGGGUUAUUUCUAAAAGGUCCCCUUGGUGGUGUUUACUUGUGUCAUCCCUACUUCUUGGUUGACACUCAAAGUUUUGUUAAACUAAGCGUGACCCUGGAGGGUACGAAAUAAGACUUAUCUUUUUCUACAAGG